GUCAGCCGCAUCACAAACUUCCUAACGUCACCAAAUGUGCCUCCGAGUUGCUCUGCCCAAGGGACCGGCUCCAAGGGCCCGUGCUGUCUGUUCGUGCUGUGGACUGCAGGUUUUGGCUCCGUGCAGCGCUCAGCAUGCUAUAUUCUGCUGAAACCAGACUUUCCAAGGAAUCACUCUGGAGCUUGAGGCCAGCCUGCAGGGAAAUGGAAUCGAAGGUCUCUGAAGGUGGCCUGAACGUUACCCUCACCAUCCGGCUGCUGAUGCACGGCAAGGAAGUCGGGAGCAUCAUUGGAAAGAAAGGAGAGACCGUGAAAAAGAUGCGUGAGGAGAGUGGAGCAAGAAUCAACAUCUCAGAGGGGAACUGUCCAGAGCGAAUUGUGACCAUCACAGGCCCCACUGAUGCCAUCUUCAAGGCUUUUGCCAUGAUCGCUUACAAAUUUGAGGAGGACAUAACCAAUUCGAUGAGCAACAGCACCGCUACCAGUAAACCUCCGGUAACGCUGAGACUGGUCGUGCCAGCUAGCCAGUGUGGCUCCCUGAUUGGCAAAGGAGGCUCCAAGAUCAAGGAAAUCAGGGAGUCCACAGGUGCUCAGGUUCAAGUGGCGGGGGACAUGCUGCCCAACUCCACAGAGCGGGCGGUGACAAUCUCGGGGACACCCGACGCAAUUAUCCAGUGUGUCAAACAGAUCUGUGUGGUGAUGCUGGAGUCCCCACCAAAAGGUGCCACCAUUCCCUACCGCCCAAAGCCCGCCUCCACCCCUGUCAUUUUUGCAGGUGGUCAGGCCUAUACAAUUCAGGGACAAUACGCUAUUCCACACCCGGAUCAGUUGACCAAGCUCCACCAGUUGGCUAUGCAGCAAACCCCCUUUACUCCCCUUGGACAGACCACCCCCGCUUUCCCUGGAGAAAAGCUGCCCUUACAUUCCUCCGAAGAAGCUCAAAAUCUGAUGGGCCAAUCAUCAGGUUUGGAUGCCAGUCCCCCGGCCAGUACUCAUGAACUCACCAUUCCCAAUGAUCUAAUAGGCUGCAUAAUUGGACGUCAAGGGACCAAAAUAAAUGAAAUUCGACAGAUGUCUGGAGCGCAGAUCAAAAUCGCCAAUGCCACAGAAGGAUCAUCGGAACGCCAAAUUACCAUCACAGGAACCCCUGCAAACAUCAGCCUCGCUCAAUACCUCAUCAACGCCAGGCUGACGUCUGAGGUCACUGGAAUGGGCGCACUCUAAUUUCCACCCACCAUCCUUCAUUCUGCAUCACCCGACCCUCUCAAGCCAAUGACACUCCACCCAGCUUGUACAAUCUGUAUAUUUACCGUCUUCCCUUUAUCUCCAUAGAUACUCUUUUCUUUACUAACAAAUAUAUAUAUAUAUAUAUAAAUACACACAUAUGCACACACUGGAACAUUUCUUUACUGUGCUCCUGGUAC